ACAUCUUGGAUAUGUGCCAUUACCUUUUGCGCAGUUUUUACACCGUUACUCUGUAGACUACGCUCCCACAGAUCAGAAAUAUGGGUAACACCGGGGGUACAUUAAGUCCUGCUGAUAGGGAGUUCCAGGGAAACCGAUCUGGAUGGAACAAGGCACAGAAAAUGAAAAUUAAAGUUGACGGCAGUCUGAAGGAAAUCAGGAUGAUUGUAGUUGGGAAAAUGGGCGUCGGUAAAAGCGCUUUCUGUAACAUUCUUCUUGGCUCAGCCAGAUUUAGGUCCCAGGAUUCUUGGAGUCCUGUGACAACAAAUGUUCAAGCAGGUUGUGUGGACAGAGGCAAUAGAAACAUAUUUGUUAUUGAUACCCCUGGUUUUAGAGAUGGCGAGAAAACGAGCGAUCAAGAAAUUGUGGAAAUGGCCGACCACAUCUGUGAACAUUUUCUUCGUAUAUCGCCAGGUUUUCACUGCAUAGUUUUGAUGUUAAAUGCUGACGAGCGCUUCAGUCGUGAAGACAAAGAAAUAAUCGAUGAUGUUAAGAAGGUUUUUGGUAAUGACGUCAUGGAUCACAUGAUACUAGUUUUCACUCGAUGUACAAGUGAUGAUGAUUUGAGUAAAUUAACAAAAACAACAGAUCCCGACUUUAAAAAGUUGCUUGAAGAGGUCAAAGGUCGUGUGUUUGCAAUUUUUCGCGACUGUGCAGACUAUAACAAACAAGAACGUGUUAAUAGUUUUUGUAAAAUGGUGGACGAUUUGUGUAAAGAUAUAGGGGCUCUGUACACAAAUGAGAUGCUUCUCGAGGCAUGGCGGGUAGUAGAGAGCGAGAUUAAGACUCCACAGGAUAGACUGAAAAUCAAGGACCUUCAGAAGAAAAUAGACAGUCUACACUUAGUUAGAUAUUUCUUAAAUCUAUUUCGAUCAUGACAUUUUGAAACUCUGCUUCAUGAUUUUAAAGUUCACACAGUGAAUUUUUCACUUAGAAUUUGGAAUAGUUACUUUUGUUAUAGAUAUUGUUUACUGUAGAUAUUUGCAAUAAAAUGCUGUGUGCUGCACAUUAACACAUCAAAA